ACUCGACGCCACCCUCCAUUCCUUUCCCGUCGCUCAAACCACCUCCUCCCCAACUCUCCACCACCUAUUAAUCUUCUUCCCCUUGCAUGCCAUUCUCGGUUCGUCCUGCGCGUCUCAUCAGGUAGCCAGCGGAUAGUUUGGCCGGCCAUGGCGAGCCUCCUCCCCCUCCUGCUGCUCCUCGCGCUCCUCGACGCGUCGCGCGCCACCAACUUCGAGGUCGGCGGCGACGCCGAGUGGGUCGUCCCGCAGGCCGGCGACUCCCAAACGUACAACCAUUGGGCGUCCAAGAACCACUUCCACGUCGGCGACAUCGUCCAUUUCAAGUACAAUGUGGACUCGGUGAUGGAGGUGACGGAGGAGGAGUACAACAAGUGCGAGUCGUCGGACCCGAUCUUCUUCUCCAACAACGGCAACACCGAGGUGCGCCUCGACCGCCCCGGCCCCUUCUACUUCAUCAGCGGCGCCACGGGCCACUGCCAGGGCGGGCAGCGGAUGGUCAUCAAGGUCACCGACAAGGCCCGGCCACCGUCGGGGCCCCCCAGCGGCGCCGCGCCGGCGGGCUUUGGACCCGCCGGCGCCAUUGUUGUCUUGAUGGCGGUGCUUUGGCCUCUUCUUGUUAUGCACGAUAUUUGAGAUGUGAACAUCCAUAUAAUGUUUUUGGAGCUUCAUAUUAAUGGUUUUAGCUCCUUUCCAUCAUUCCAUGUAUUCUCGGUUCUCAAAAAAUUGUUCAAUUUAGUUACAGGACGAUGGAAUGUACACAAAACCAAAAGGCUAAUGAAAUUAGUGCAACAUUUUGA